AUGACGGAAAGCACAGGGCGACCAGCUCUCCUAGGUUUACCCGCCGAGUUGCUACACCAAAUUCUAGCAUACCUCGAGCCACUGGAUCUCGGUCGUGCCGCCCAAACCUGCAAAGUCCUCGCCACCCAAACCUACGACGACCAGAUAUGGAUGCCUUUGGUCAAUCAAUAUCUACCUGAACCACUCACCGGCCCAGCGCCAUCCAAGACAUUCCGUGAAGUUUACAUCGCACACCACCCCUACUGGUUCCUUGUCAAGCGGCGCCUGUGGUUCGGCGACAUAGAACACGUUGGCAAGUUGGUCGCCGCUCGGUAUGACGCGCGAAGAGGAUGCAUUGAAGCGUAUACUGUGGCAGCGCAGCGCGGUCGACAUACGCUGGAGUUUUGGGAGAAGGACAGAGAAGUUAUCAUACACAGCUUCAAUCCAAAGAUUGUGCUCGAUAUGAACAGACCUGUGUUGAAGCUGGAUCUUGGCGGCUUGCGGACGGAUGAUCAACCGGACAACGAGCCGAGCGCGAGGUCGUACGCGCCACCCUCAAACUACAGUAAAGAGAUUCUGAUGGAAACACUUGCCGAAGCUGGACUCUACUCCUCGUUCAUGCUCUGCCGAGCAUUGCCUGAGAAGGCAAUUACCGAGCAGACAGCUGUUUGGCCACCUUUACGGUUCCCAACGCCGGCCCAUGUACGUAACAAUACGCACAAUUCGUAUCAAUCGACCGGCCACCGCCCUUCAAGACUAGACGAAGUGAGCCAGUAUCAUUUUCGUUUGCGCAAAUGGGUCGAGUUUAAUGGGCGUCGAGCUAGUCCGCUGUCGCUCACAUCGUCCGGUCUACAGGCAGCACUCGGCAUGGUCGGCCCGUACUUUGCAGCCAACCUCACCUCGAGCGCAGGUGGCGGCAUGAGCAUUCGUAUGCAAGAGGGCAUCACGACGUUUGCAUCACUACCUGACUGGUGCUUCACACCAACUCCGCAGAAGCCAUGGCAGGGUCUUUGGUGUGGCGACUACAGUGGCCACGGCUGCGAGUUUCUGGUCGUUCUGCAGCCCGACAAGCAGGAUGAACGACCGUUACCGGAAGGCAUGGAUUGGUUGAGGCAAUGGUUCCGCGGUCAGCGCAGAGGGAGUGGGAGCAGCGAUAGCAGCUAUGCGAGCGCUCAAGAAGACUUCGACGUCGUCCAAGCCGCGCGGGAGCAGGUCGCUCUCGAGCUUGCCAGCUGGACUGAGCAGGAACAAUAUCAAGUACCCACUCCGCAAGCGAUCCUUGAGGGCUUCACGGAAACACCAUUUGACAGUCCAUCGCAACCCACCGCCCCAAAUGACGACGCGCCGUCUGGCAGGCUCGAGGCUAUUAAGCUGACGGGUGACCCAAACAUUCCGCGCGGAGAGUAUACCUUUGUCGCACCAGAGAUCGGUGAAGCAGGGCUGUUGCGCGUUGCGGAUGAAAAGAUCUUUAAGGGCGCAAGGAUCGUGCGAAGCGCUGGUCACAUUGCUGGUAGAGGCUUCAGGGAAGGUGAGCAUUUCACGACAUCCGAGCGCACUACGGCAACCACUGACGCGUGCGAAGACCAGUACACGCCGUCGCAGCUUAUCAUGAUCUCACACGACAGGCUGGCACAGUUUUGGGAAGGGUUUGGCCAUAUCUCGUAUUACCAGCGUGUGGAUCUCGAUGCGCUUAUGAAGUACACAGGACUCGCAUUACGUGAUGAUAGCCUUGGCUGCAGCAACCGAGGCAAGAACGACCGCCCUCGGCUGGAAGCUCAGGUGUACUGCACGUGUGCCAACAGAGCUGUCGUCUCUUAUCCAAGUGCUAAGAGUAUCAAGAUGUCUGACCGUGUCGCCGCCCCAACUCCAUCCAAUCCUCUUCCUGCGUCCACGCAACCUCAAGCGCAAGCACAACCGUCGACAAAUGGUGAAGGUGUCGCGCUCCUUUGCAUGCUCUACCCGGAGUCACCGGCGAAGCAACAAAGAUGCUUAUCCUUAUUGCGCAAAGAAGCACGCGAUUACUACCCGCAACCUAAGGCGAAAUGUACGACAUGGUCGUAUUUCAUUCCAAUGCCCGCACGAGGCAAGUCUGGAGCUUCCGAGAAACCGCUCAUCGGUGGACUGGAAAUCUAUACAGCCAAGUCUGCACUUCAAGCUCAACUUAAUGAGGCGGGGUUUCAAGGCUACCAUGAGACUGUCAAGCGAGAGGAAUUGUACGCGAAACCUGAAGAAUUGGUUGCUUGGUAUCAUGCUGCUGGCUUUGUGGCGAGAGACGGGGUUGCAGUGAGUGGCGAGGGCGUGCUUAUCAGCGUUACGAGGAUGGUGUGCAAGAACCGUCAGCAAGCCUUGGAUCUACUGCGGUGA